UGCUAAUCCGCGCGUUCCGUCCGCUUCGAAACUCGGCAGGUGCGCUGCGCAGAAAGGCCGGCGCAAUGUGGCCUGGAGCAUUCUCGUUACUGGUGUUACUAGCGGUCCUGCUGCAUCCAUCGAGAUGUACGCAAGGAAAAGUGAACUUCCGAGAGAAGGAGAAGCAAGUGCUCGACAACAUUCUAGGACCAGGCCGGUACGAUGCGCGCAUCCGGCCGAGCGGGGAGAACGGAACAGAUGGGCCGGCCAUUGUCCGGGUAAACCUGUUUGUGCGAAGCAUUGCGACAAUUAGUGACAUCAAGAUGGAAUACUCUGUACAAUUAACAUUUCGGGAACAAUGGUUGGAUGAGAGAUUACGAUUUAAUGACUUCGGAGGUCGACUUAAAUACUUGACUCUGACGGAAGCUAAUCGCGUCUGGAUGCCGGAUCUGUUCUUUGCGAACGAGAAGGAGGGUCAUUUCCACAACAUCAUUAUGCCCAACGUAUACAUACGAAUCUUUCCAGACGGCUUCGUUCUUUAUAGCAUACGAAUAUCCUUGACGCUGUCCUGCCCCAUGAAUUUGAAGCUGUAUCCCUUGGAUCGACAAAUUUGCUCACUUCGCAUGGCCAGCUACGGAUGGACGACGGCCGACUUGGUGUUUCUCUGGAAGGAGGGUGAUCCCGUUCAAGUGGUGAAGAAUUUACAUCUACCCAGGUUUACCUUGGAGAAGUUUCUUACGGACUACUGCAAUAGUAAAACCAACACCGGAGAGUACAGCUGCUUGAAGGUGGACUUGCUGUUCAAGAGGGAAUUCAGUUACUAUCUGAUCCAAAUCUACAUACCGUGCUGCAUGCUCGUUAUCGUGUCCUGGGUGUCCUUCUGGCUGGAUCAGAGCGCCGUACCUGCUCGAGUGUCACUAGGCGUUACGACACUGCUGACGAUGGCCACGCAGACAUCAGGGAUAAACGCCUCACUGCCACCGGUAUCCUACACGAAGGCUAUCGACGUUUGGACGGGGGUGUGCUUGACCUUCGUGUUCGGCGCUCUCCUUGAAUUCGCGCUAGUCAACUACGCGUCGCGCAGCGACAUGCACAGCGACAACAUAAAGAAGCAGUUUCCGGCGAGCGAGAUGGAGCAUUCGUCGUCGAUCGAUCCAUCCUCGGAGCUGCUCGAGCCAGACGGAUCCGCCAGCUUCGCCAUGCAGCAGCAGCAGCAGCAGCAGCAGCAGCAGCAGCAGCGUCAUCGUCCGGGCAAUCAGUUGCCGCAUAUCUACCAGCAGGACCACCAUCAUCAUCAUCAUCAGCAGCAGCAGCAGCAUCAGCAGUUACCGCAGCAGCAACAUCAACAUCAGCAACACCGUCACCAACGUUAUCAAGCGGAUCGCUCGCCGUCGCCGUCUUUCUCGCCGUUGAACGACGACGACUGCGUCACCGUCCGAUGCUCACCGAGAGCGCCGCGACACUCACGAAGAAGCUCGGCGAGAUCGUCACCAUCGCCGUCGCGAUGGCCGUCGCCGGCGUCGUCGGUGUCGCCUUUGAGAACACCGUCGCGUACCGCGUCCCGUGGCGCGACACCCUCACCGCCGAUCGCGGCGCCGAUAUCAUCCACGGCUAUGUCGCCCGCGCCAACGGUAUCCGCGAGCAGACGCUGCUGGAACCUGCCGUGUAGACUGUUCACCUGUCGUGCCCAGGGCAGCGCAAGGAUCGACAUCUUUGCGCGCAUCGCCUUUCCCCUCAUGUUCAUUCUCUUCAACUUCGCGUACUGGUCUGUUUAUCUGUUUCGAGGCGAAGACAGCGGGACGAAAAACAAAUGAGAGCGGAGAGAGUAAGCGCGAAGGAAUCAGAAGAAUCAGCCGAGUGCGACCGAGUUGGAUCCUUGAAGAAACGACCAGGGCGACCUUUGCGCGAUCUCGCGCAAACGAGAGGAAGAGAGAAAGAGACGUUCUCUCUUUGCAUUCGAUCUUGACACGAGAAUCAUCAACGAGACUGCAGACAGAGUAGCGUAGUUCGCUCGAACAAGGACCGACCAAGUGCACUUCGAUGAGAAGAGAAGAUCCCUUCGCAGCCCGCAGUCCGCGAAACGGGGACAUUCCAGGACGAGAAGAUCGAAAUUCACGACGCGCAACGAGGACGUCAGCUCGAUAGAUGUUUCCCGAAAAUGAGGAUGAUGACGGCGAAACGCAACGUUCUAGCGACGUGUAUUAUACGUAUGACACGCACACGCGCGACAAUCGCGCGAAUCCAUACACGCACACACGCACACACGCACACACACACAACACACAUACACAGGCAGACAAAUGAGCAAAAGCAGACACCACAUCGUACCUCAUGACUCAUUUGGAAGACCGCGUGCCACAGACUGAAUUGAAAGCGUAGUGGGCCCUGUAUAGCCACGGCCUGUUAACAAUUAAAAAAAAAAAGUAAAAAGUUUAUAAGUAACUAAUACCUACGUUUCGCGAGAGCUGCGCGUCGUCGACGAGCGAGCGAGCUCAUCGACGCGCGCGAGCGACGCUCACACGCGAGUGUCGCGACGACGGCCCGGACGACACGUUCGUCGUUGCGAAAUUAAAACGGCGAACGGUCUCGGCUCCGAUUAAGUAUUAAUUAACCGUAAGACCGCGGGCGGGACGGGCCGCGGUGGGGCGAGGCGACGUGCGAUACGUGCGGUGGUGUGUGUUUAUACAGGGUGUCUCUCAGGGUGUGUGUCGUCUGACGAAGAACGCACGAAACGAUCGCGGUGCGCAUUGCCUCGCCGUGCCACGUAUCGCCUUUCUCCUCUUAAGGUCACAUAUACACACGUACACGCAUACGCACGUACACUGGAAACCAAAACGGUUUCGAGUUUUUUUUUUUU